UCUCUCUCUCUCUCUCUGUCUCUCUCUCUGCUGUGUGUGUUUUUCUCCUUGCUGGACAGAGCAGCAGCAGCAGCAGCAGCAGCAGAGGAGGCAGCGGAGGCAGCAGCAGUGCACCAGCAGUGAUAGUGGGAGCUCUGGUCCUCUCUCUCCCAGAAGAUGCUCAACAACCUAACUGACUGCGAGGAGGGGGAUGGGGGCACCAGCAGCCAGGGAGAUGGAAACCCCAAAGAGAGCAGUCCUUUUAUUAACAGCAGUAGCAGCAUUGACAUUGAGAAGAGCCAGCAGUAUGAUGGCAAGCACAUGGCCCUGUUUGAGGAGGAGAUGGACACAAGUCCCAUGGUGUCCUCUUUGCUCAGCAGCCUUGCCAACUACUCCAACUUGACACAGGGAAGCAAGGAGCAUGAGGAGGCUGAGAACAAUGAAGAGGCCCGCAAGAAAACGGUGCAGGCUCCUCGUAUGGGCACGGUGAUGGGGGUCUAUCUGCCGUGCAUGCAGAACAUCUUGGGGGUGAUCCUCUUUCUCAGGAUGACGUGGCUGGUGGGUGCCGGAGGAGUCCUGGGCACCUUUUUCAUCGUUUUUAUGUGCUGCUCAACGACUAUGCUGACUGCCAUUUCAAUGAGUGCAAUUGCAACAAAUGGAGUAGUGCCAGCUGGUGGGUCGUACUAUAUGAUCUCCCGCUCGCUGGGGCCGGAGUUUGGAGGAGCAGUGGGCAUCUGUUUCUACCUAGGAACUACUUUUGCUGGAGCCAUGUAUAUACUCGGGUGCAUUGAGAUUCUCCUGAUCUAUAUAGCUCCACAUGCGGCUAUAUUUAAGAUGGAAGGUCUGGAUGGACCCGAUGCCGAAGCAGCGAUGCUUAAUAACAUGCGUGUGUAUGGCAGCAUCGUUCUCUCCUUCAUGUCCUUGGUGGUGUUUGUUGGUGUGAAGUAUGUCAACAAGCUCGCGCUGGUUUUCCUCGCCUGCGUCAUCCUUUCCAUCUUGGCUGUUUAUGCUGGAGUGAUAAAAAGCGCCAUCGAACCACCAGACUUCCCGAUAUGCGUGCUUGGCAAUCGAACUCUAAUGUCUAAGGGCUUUGAUAUCUGCGCAAAAACCAUCGAGUCAGGCAAUGGUACAAUUACCACCAAACUCUGGAGAAUGUUCUGUGAUUCGGAGUUCCUUAACGCUACCUGUGAUGAAUAUUUCACCAACAACAACGUUUCUCAAGUGCAGGGCAUUCCCGGCAUCACCAGUGGCAUCCUGGCAGAGAAUCUCUUUAGCACCUUCAUGUCGAAGAAUGACAUCUUAGAGAAGCGAGGUAUUCCUUCCGUGGCAGACCCCGACGCUCCAUUAACCAACACGAACCGUUAUGUGCUAGCAGACAUCACCAGCUUCUUCACCCUGCUGGUGGGCAUCUACUUCCCCUCUGUCACAGGUAUCAUGGCUGGCUCCAACCGUUCUGGUGAUCUGCAGGAUGCUCAGAAGUCCAUCCCGAUUGGAACAAUCCUGGCCAUCUCCACUACCUCUUUUAUAUACAUGUCCAGCGUGAUUCUAUUUGGAGCAUGUGUUGAGGGAGUGGUGCUGAGAGACAAGUUUGGUGAGGGUGUCAAUGGGAACCUGGUCAUUGGUACACUGGCGUGGCCAUCGCCUUGGGUGAUUGUCUUCGGUUCAUUCUUCUCCACUUGUGGGGCAGGACUUCAGAGUUUGACAGGAGCACCUCGUCUAUUACAGGCCAUUGCUCGAGAUGGGAUUAUCCCCUUCCUCAGGGUGUUUGGUCAUGGGAAAGCUAACGGUGAGCCCACAUGGGCACUCCUUCUGACAGCCACCAUAUGUGAGAUUGGUAUCCUUAUUGCCUCUCUUGAUGCUGUCGCACCAAUCCUCUCUAUGUUUUUCUUGAUGUGCUACAUGUUCGUGAACCUGGCUUGUGCUCUGCAGACGCUCCUCAGAACACCAAACUGGAGGCCACGCUUCAAAUUCUACCACUGGGCGCUGUCCUUUCUGGGUAUGAGCUUGUGUCUCUCCCUGAUGUUCAUCUGCUCUUGGUAUUAUGCCAUUGUGGCAAUGGUCAUUGCUAGCUGCAUCUACAAAUACAUCGAGUUCUGCGGUGCAGAGAAAGAGUGGGGUGAUGGGAUACGCGGCAUUUCUCUUAGCGCUGCCCGUUAUGCUCUGAUGAGGUUGGAGGAAGGACCGCCACAUACCAAAAACUGGAGACCACAGAUCAUGGUGCUGGUUGGGUUGGAUGCUGAGCAGAAUGUGGAGCAGCCACGCCUCCUCUCACUGACCAAUCAACUUAAGGCAGGCAAAGGCUUGACCAUCGUGGGCGCUUGUGUUGAGGGAACAUACCUUAACAAUCACCCUGAAGCACAGAAAGCAGAACAGUCCCUGAGGAAGCUGAUGGAGACAGAGAGGGUGAAGGGAUUCAGUCAAGUGGUGAUCUCCUCCAACCUACGUGAUGCCACCUCUCAUCUGAUCCAAGCCGGAGGACUCGGUGGUUUACGUCACAACACUGUGGUCAUCGGCUUCCCGAAGAACUGGAAGCAACACGAGGACAACCGGCAACUAAGGAAUUUCAUUGAGGUUGUGAGGGAGACCACGGCGGCUCACUUGGCUCUUCUGGUACCAAAAAACAUUGCUGCAUAUCCGUCCAAUGGCGAGCGCUUCUCUGAGGGCCACAUCGACGUCUGGUGGGUUGUCCAUGAUGGAGGAAUGCUUAUGCUCCUGCCUUUCUUGCUGCGCCAGCACAAGGUGUGGAGGAAAUGCAAAAUGCGCAUCUUUACCGUGGCUCAAAUGGAUGACAACAGCAUUCAGAUGAAGAAGGACGUGAUGACCUUCCUCUACCACCUGCGACUCGAUGCUGAGGUGGAGGUGGUGGAGAUGCAUGACAGUGAUAUCUCAGCAUACACCUACGAGAAGACUCUGGUAAUGGAACAGAGGUCACAGAUCCUUAAAGAGAUGCACCUCACCAAGAACGAGUGGGAGAGAGAGAUUCAGAGCAUCACAGAUGUGUCUCGUGGUUCCAUUCGCCGGAAGAACCCAUCCAACACUCAUCCACCGAAGAACAUCAGCGAGGAGCCAGCAGAGGGCAGUACAGAGGCAAAACCUGAGGAAGAGUCUAUCCGUCUCUCCUGUUUCCGACAGAUACAGCUCAUCCAAGGUAAGAAUGCCACACCCACCCCGACAAGCCCUGUCUCCCCGAUGCCUACGGACAAAGGGGCCAUGAGUCCUAGUGAGGAGGUGCAAAUGACCUGGAGUGACGAUUUAGACAAGUCCAAGAAUCCAUCUGCGGCUAAUCCGGAGACAACUAAAGACAUAUUUAACAUAAAGCCGGAAUGGGAAAACCUGAACCAGUUCAACGUGAGGCGCAUGCACCACGCGCAAAAGCUUAAUGAAGUGAUCGUGAAAAAGUCGCAAGACGCAAAGUUAGUCCUGCUGAACAUGCCUGGGCCUCCGAAAAACCGCAAAGGAGAAGAAAACUACAUGGAGUUCCUCGAGGUCCUGACUGAAGGUCUCAAUCGAGUCCUCCUGGUGCGUGGCGGUGGCCGUGAGGUCAUUACCAUCUACUCCUAAUGGACAAAAACACAUCCUCCCUGUGAAGUCUCUCUUUCAUGCCAUGUUGCUCAUUCAGCAUCUUAGCAUUCCCAGACUCUGCCAUGAGCAAUAGAGCCCCAGCACAUAUCAAACUACUUUGCACUACAUAAUCAGAGACCUCAUCGUUACACCAGCUUAACCAUUACUCUAGCUCGGCAUUUUUUUUUCCGUCUGAAAUUAUCUACAAUACUCCCACUCUUCUUUAUUUUGCAAAUAGACAUGUAGUUGAGUUUCACAUGACUGAUAUCCCAAAGUUAGACUCAGCCCUCAACCCUGAUACUGAUACUGUAAUGCUGAGGCAAAAGCAGGUUUCAUUAUCAAGCUUCUGAAAACGUCUUCCAGUGUUGUCGUCGUAAGGCCCGAGAAGCACUUUGAAUCAAACCACAGAAUGUGUGUGUGUGUGUGUGUGUGUGUGUGUGUGUGUGUGUGUGUGUGUGUGUGUUUGCUCAGAGAGCCGAACCAUGAAGCUGUCCAUGUGUCAGUGCCAUGGACAUGUCCAAAUAUAGAAAAGUAAUGGUUUAGACAGAGCGUAUGUGUGUGUUUGUGUGAUGAGUGGUCACUUUUAAUAUAUUGAAGCUUAAAACAGAAAACAGGGAUAUAAGCUUCUUGGAAACUUGAUAAUAACCUGAAGGCAGUUUUAUAUUUUUAACACACACAUCUCAGCUUUCAGACUUUCAUAGUAUUUACACUGAUAACAGACAGAGAUAAAAUGCGAACGAUACUGAUGGCAUCAGCAUAUCGCACAGAGAUACAGUAUGUACAUAUUGCAGUAUAAAUAUAUUAUUCAUAUUAUUGCUUAAAAAAAGAAAGCACCACAUUAAAAGCUUUAUCAAUUAAAUGUAUCUAUAGUGAAUGGAAAAAAAAAAGAUGAAAAUAUUCUAAAGGAACACAAAGAAAUGUUCCAAUUUAUUGUAUAUUGUGAAUAUUUAUCUACACAAAAGAUUAUUACAUCAUACAGUUUUGGAUGAAUACCAUGAUGAUCACCAGCUUCUGCCAAACACUGAAAUGUGCAAUGUGUGCCAUACGAACAAAAAAAAAAAAAAAAAAAUUUUUAAAUAGGACCUUUCUCUCUUAGGUGAAAGAGAAACACUGAUUAUAUUCCUACAAAUAAGCUAAUGAGGCAUUUUCCUUGACCUUCAUUCAUUUUGUAUUGUUUAAAUAAUGCGCCAAACAUUUUCUCACCAAAAAAACUAAUCACACUGCACAGUGAGCAUUCUCUAUUUUUAAAAUGUUACAUUAGUCAUUUUAUAUAUAUAUAUAUAUAUAUAUAUAUAUAUAUAUAUAUAUAUAUAUAUAUAUAUAUAUAUAUAUAUAUAUAUA